AUGGAGCUUCACCACCAAUACUUCACGGACCUCAGUACAAAACCAAAAAUUUGCCAAACUUUUAAAAAAAAAGUUUAUUAUGCCACACUUUAUGAUACUGACAACAAGAUUCCGGUCUACUCUGCCUACAAGUUUAACAAAGCAAUCCGUUGCCAAAGAAAACACGUAUGGUGCAUUGAACCUCAAGACAACAUCGAAUCAACGCUGUCCCUGAUGAUACAAGCACUUGGCUUUGACAGAGGUCAUCUGGCACCAGUCUACCUGGCAAGCUCACAGGAUUGUGCUGAUGCCACCUUCACUCUCACCAAUGCUGCUCCACAAAACCCCAAGCUCCAGGCACAAUCCAGCUUGUCUACCAACUGCCAGCCUUCCACUACCAGCUCCCCAGAAAGGCUUGGACAGCCUUGA